AUGCCCGACUUGCACUCACUGCCAGAGAAUUCGCGACCAGAGUCUGCCGUGCGGAACAACGGGCCAGACCAUCUUGUUCUGGAACGAUGCAAGCUGCGGGAACUGGCAGAAGGUUGGCCCUGUUAUAGGGACUCGUGUGAAUGGGAGAAUCUCAAGUCGAUUUUCCAUCCCGGCGCAUACAUUUACACAUCAUGGACCGGGCGCACACACUUUGAGGACUUUAUCAAGGCUAGCAAAGCCGGCAUGGACAAGGGCGUCUUCAUCAUGCAUAGAAUUCAUGGCUCGACGACAGACAUCAACCAAGAAGCGACCAGGGCCGUGACCAAGAUGAAAGCGACAAUCACGCAACGUUUCGAGUUUGAAGAUGGCAUCGAAGCUGAUGCAGAGUCAGAUUGUCGCUUCGUCUUCUUCUGGUCAAGGGACGCGCAGACGGGUGAUUGGGGAGCAGAUUAUGUUCGCCAUUUCUACGAGAAGGACAAGUUGAUCCCUGUCGAUCCUAAUAGAAUUCCCAAGAUUGAUGCCGAAGCAGCAAAGGCAUACCCUAUUGGGUACAGAUAUCUUGCGUACUGUCAGGAGAGGACUAUGGGUGUCAGAGUGAUUCGGGAUCUGCCUGGUCAUCGCAGAGAAUCUGGUUCGACCGUCAAUGGUGAGAAGCACGACAUACUGUACAAGCAGAUUUGGGCAUGGAUGGAUGGACAGAAUGUUGAGAUCUAG